GAUAAUUCAGGAUUACCUAUGCUUUCUUCAACAGAAGCUCAUCAGUAUCCCAUUUUAGUUGAACAAAUGAUUUAUCGUACACAACAGGAAAAGAGUGAUUUUUUCAGUAACUCCUGGACAUUUAAAGACGUGCUUGUUCGGCUUUUGGAUAUUAUAUCAAAUCCUAUACGAAACAAAAUUGAAAGUAUAUACAGUCGGAAUGUGAAUUUGAAUAGCAUUGGAGUGAUAAAUAGUAAAUUAAUAAAUCAGGGUCUUGUUGAUAAUUGCUGUCAUUUAUUAGCGCGUGUAUUAGCCGAGAUUGUAUAUCAAACCUCAAUGUAUGAUUACGAUAAAAUGUUCCUGCCGCCGCGAUGCUUGCAUUCCACUGGCACACGGUUUGCACGCAUGGAAAGCAUGAGAACUUGGGCAACAGCUAAUUUUGGACCUGAAGCAAUAGCAUUUUCAGUUGACCGAUCAGGCAUUGCUGUUGCGGGUGCAUUGGUUUAUUCUGGUUCAGGUAGUUAUGAUUACCAACUUGAACUUUUAUAUGAUAACACAGUUGACCUGCAAUCACAACAUAAGUGGGAAACUUUAGAAUCUGUUUCUGGAUCUUUCGAUCAAGAAGCGGUUCACAAUGAUAUGGCGGAGAUAAAAUUUGAGCGAUCUGUGCACGUGAAGGAAAACGCACGUUAUGCACUUCGUCUCUGCUUUCAAGGUGCACGCACAUGUUCCGGGGAUGAGGGAAUGCCUUCAAUACGUGGACCAUGCGGCACUACAUUUAAUUUUUAUACUUGCGAUUUAAGCUUUAAUGGUACAACUUUGCAACGUGGUCAGAUACCUUGCCUUUUGUACUAUAGUACACCAUUGAAAAGUGAUGCACCCAGUGGAUCCAAUACUGAUUUUUGCAAUGAUGUGAUCACACGAGACACUGCUUUGCAAAUUGCUUCAGACAUAACAAAAAAAUGUACCGAUUUACUUAUCUUGGCACGCAACUAUUUGGCUGCUUCAAUAUCUCCUUCAGAUAAUUCAUCAAAUCAUACACAAACCAUAGAUUCGGAACAUAAUAUUACGCCCAUAGAAGAACACAUGGAUAUUAAUUGGGCAAACAACUCCAGAACUUCAGCUAUACCGGUUGAUCCCAAUAUAUCAACUGCAAGGGAUAUAACGAAACGUAUUGAAUCAUUCUCGAAAGGCAUUAUGGAAACCUUGAAGUUCGAUAAACGCUCCACAAACCCAUUUGAAAUGGAAAUUGAAAUUGGCGCUACUGAAAUUCAUCCAAAGGAUCUAAUGAUCGAAGAAAGUCCUGGUGUGCAAGAUUUAAAUUUCCGCAAUGGUGAAAUAGCUAAACUAAACGGCAAUGAACGUGAUGAGGAUGAAGUAGCAGAAGACUUUGUUAAUGCACAGCAUUAUCAGGGAUUGAUGUGCAGGUCAAACUCUGAAGAGAUACCAGCACACUUAACUGUAGCACAGAUGCUCGAAGUUUUUAACAUGACAUCAUCAAGUAUGUUUCAUACACUUCUACCACUUGUUUAUGCCCACAUUGCUAAUUUAGCUAACAGAGAUCCAAAGAGUUCUGUACAAAUACUCGGCUUAAUUAAGGAAAUAUUGCCACAUAUAUCUGCGUUAAAUCAAUUAUUCGUAUCUAAAGAACAAGUGAAUCCAGCAAUCGGUACAGUGGCGCAGCGCAUACGUAAUGCAGCUGCAAUAGUUAUUGCAUCUGAAAAUAAGGAAUUAGAACUACGUAAAAAGCCUGAGUUAGAGUUAAAUCAACAGAUUGGCGAAAAAUUGGGAAUGGAUUCUAAUACGACUAGUAACCACUAUUGCGUUGUGGAAAGUGAGCAUCCUUAUCGCAGUGCUACCAUUAAUUGUUAUCGUGUUGAGUUUCCACCUUGUGUUCAGUGGCUAACAAUCGAAUUCGAUUCACAAUGCGGCACUGCUCAAUUGGAAGAUUACUUGUUGCUGUCGAUACCAAUGCGAUCGACUACCACUGAACCCUGUCAAAGUAAUGAAGAAUACUUUGAUAUGUUAGAUAAUAACAUGUCGUUACGCCGAACUGUUGAAUCUAAAAAUGCAGCUCUUAUAACGAGUUGUUACAAAAAUAGUGGCACCAAUUUGAAAGAAUCAACUGAAAAUUCGGACAAAGAUUGGAUAGUAGUUAAAAAAUUUAAUACUGCUGCAAAUUGGAUACAAAGUGUUAUCGUUUUGCCGGGAAAUUGUGUGGAGUUUUCUUUAGAAACUUCAUCUUUAUACGCACAGGAUCCACAUAUUAAUCGCUAUGGUUUUAAGUGUCUUGUGGUUGGUUAUGAUAAUCCUAUUUCUGUAAAUACUACUAACUCUUGCUUAAUUCGUUUGGAACAAGAGCUUGCUUAUUUAGGAGGUAUGUGUACUGCUAAUUUGAUGAAGAAAGAACUAAGUUUACCAGAUGACAAGGAUAACGCUGAUCACGUUAGUAUAGAAGAAACAUUAAAUGCACAUCAAACACUACUUUCGAAAGGAUUUGCACUAUCGGAACCGGUCUUGACUAUACAUCAAGCCUUGGAAUCUUCAUUGCCAAUAGGACAAUAA